ACCGCGUAAGAGGUGUCUCCGCGUCGGCUUCUGAGGCUACCUCUGUCGGACCAGGAGAAUCCAUAUUGUCGUGGUCGUUCGUUAUUGCUUGUUAAUUACAACGCUAAUGCAAUUUGUGCACUGCUGUUUCGUGAAGAACUGAACUAGCUGGCUGCCACAGUUGGCGGAUUUCUUUCUGCCCAAAGGUACAAACGAGAACCAUUCACUCGAUCAAAGAACAGUUUGCUUUUACGUUGUGUGAAAGUGGUAGAUUCAGGUUUUACUCGGUGUCUAUUGGAAAAAGUGAAACGUUACGAAGUUGUGUUUUGAAGCAGUGAGUAAACUUUUAGGACGUUCAAACAAGUAACCGAUCGUUUCCAGCCCUGUUUGUCAUGUGAUAUAAAUAUUGAGGAUAAAAUUCAAGAAAGGAAUGAAAAUAAGUGUGAAAUAGAAAAAAAAUUGUCUCUAGUCGGAUAAAAGUAAGAAAUUAAAUGAAACAAUUUUUUGAAGCUAUAUUUUAACUGUGGUUGAUGUGAUAAAGCAGUGUCUCGUGCGUACGGAGUUUUGCUUUAUGCAAUCUCUGGACGUUCGUUUCGAAUGGUGCGUGGCUGCUGGCGAAGAAUCGGAAAUGAGAAUGCAAUCUGUAGUGCAGUGAUCUUGGCUCGUAUCCACACAUUUCAACGCUGGUCAGUUAGUGGUCUGGGUUGGAUGACUCGUGCAGCGGGCAGUUAAGUGGGCACUUGGUACGGGGUACGAGGAUACACAACGGGCUGAUGUGGACCUCUACACAGAACAACUUGUGUCGUGGGCACCAACCGUGAUCGUAGUUCGUUUUUCUUUAACAUCAACAACAGCAGCGGCUCGGAGUAGGAAAAUAAAACGUACGAAGAGCCCGACUGAGUUCUUCUGGAUGUGUGACCACGGUGCUGAAGCGAAAAACAUUGAAAUGGUUAAGCUUGAAUAGAUCGAGCGAACGUGAGCAGCAGAACGAUUUAUCAUUACCGGGUGUCCACAGUUCGAGGCUGAACUUGUGAAUGGAAUUAGAAUGCACGUUGUUAUGCGGUAUUGUCAGUUCAACGGAAUUGUGCUACGUGUGCCGCAACAGUUGGCCAGCAAGGUCCAAGGCGACGAAAGCAAAAGUGUGUGAAUCGAUGUGAUAUGAAUGUGGAGUGCGUUUAAGUCGAACAUAACGAAAUGCGGUUACGUGUGCCUAGUCCUUUGCGAAACAACGAACAAUCAUGUUUGGUGCGUCCAGUGUACAGACUCAGCAUUUCGUUAGCUAUUCGAGUGGUAUCGGCAACAGCACUGCGGAAGAACGCCGUCCAGCUUUGAAGCCGGACGGUUCAUUUCGAAAGCAACGAAGCGGUACUGAAAUCGGAAGCAGCAUGAAAUGGAACAGUUCCAAUUCCAGUCUGAGCAGUGCUAACGAAAGAAAAAGCACGAUUGCGACUGAGGUUGAAGCGAAGGUGACGAAUGGCACGUAUGACACCAUGAACGACGAUAGCUGUUCUAUAUCUACGACGACGGAGCUACGCAACCCGGAUGCCAGCUCCGACGGGGACGAUCGCAGUGUUAUCACCGGAGGAACGUUACCCAUUCGGAAAGCCACCAGCGGGAAUCACCUGGUCCCGGGUGCUGGUAGUAAGAAACGUCGCUCGGCGUCUACACUGGAGGGAGUCAUCAGUACCAAGCAUCAUCUGAAACUAGUCAGCAAAGAGUUGGAAUGGGAGCGCAAGUUUCGCGAUGAUCAGCUUUCGAGAUUGUUGAAAGCGUUGAUCUAUUUCGAGGCGCGGCUUCAGAGCGAGCAACGGCUGAUUCGGCAGCAACUGCACGAGAAAGAUGACGUGAUCAACCGGCAGAACUGUACGAUCAAUCGUAUGAAACGGAAGCUGGGUGUGGAUACCGAGUCCGAUAUAGAUCUGCCAGAGGUGGCGCAGUAUUGUCCCAAGUGUCGGAGAAGUUAUUAUGGAAAUGAGGUUAGGUGCAGUGGGACGCAAACCGGCGAAUAUCGGGGGGACGGUGAAGAGAGUGUAAAUACAGAGAACCUCUCGCUGAACAGCGUGGAGUAUGCCUCGUCGAGCGAGGAGCAGGACUCGUCGCUGUACGUACGUGCCAAUUCGUUCAAGGAUGCCCGCCGGAGCCGCAAGUAUACCAGCAAACGGUCCUACCAGAGCUAUCAGCGUCCGUCACGGCAAAGCAGCUUCAAAAGUACAACCAGCAGCAGCAUCAACGGAGGCGGCAAGCUACCGGGUCUUAGUCUGAGCGGUGGUUCGACGGGCGACAACAACGAAACAUACGAGAACAUCGAACCAAAUAAGAAUGUGCCUAAAAUUGUGAUUUAUGAGAAUUACGAAAGCGAUAAGGAAAACAGUAAAGAGUACAAGGGACGGGAUGCUAGCAACUACGAUGUCGUGGAGCCAUCGUACUCGAACAGGAUGAAUUCGUUGCAUGGACUCAAGCAAAUUACCAGAAUCGAUGAAGGGGAGAGUGCCGAUGAUGGGCGAUCCACGGAUCCUUUGAAAGAAACUGACGAAGAAAGUCUUCUGUACGAAGGAAAUCAGACUGGAAAGAGUGCCAAUGGUAAUCAGCAGAAGUAUACGGAAGGAAUGGAAAUGAAGCAGACGAUUGAGACGAGUGACGAUUGGUAUGCGAGUGCCAGUGAUAUGGAGGAUUCGGAUACGGCAUUGGGGAAGCCGUACAGUAACGCGGCUGUGAAUCCUGUCCUGGAGUGUGUUAAUCAGAUACUUCUUCAACAAUCGAUGGACGGCUUUGGAGAGAAUAAGGAAUUGACCAACGAGAACGAGGAGGAUAUGUAUAUAAAAGCCCAGGAUCCGCAAAAAGAACCGUCUCAAGUGCGAUUGAAAAGGGUUCAUUUUUCCACUCAAAACAGUAUGGUGCAAGUUCCACGAAUCAACUUGGAGUCUUCUCCGGUGCAUCGAAAAGAUGAAAAAUCUUCGCCAACAUAUGAGAUUCAGAGUAUCUACAGUAACGAGUACGAACCGAUUGGGUCGGAACAAAAUUCCUAUUCGAACUACUACGUCGACAUGGAGUCCAAGCUGGGAUCGGAAGACCGUGAACGAGAGUUGGCCGCUGCGGAAAAGCGAAAAAUACCACCAGCAUUACCUCCGAAACCGGCCAAUUUGCUCAAGCUUCAGCAGAUAUCCAAACAACGAAUGAUACAAAUUAAGCCUAAAAGUUCCUCCGGCAACAGCGACAUUGCCGAGUCGGAACCUGAUUACUGUUCCAUCAGUGAGAUUCAGGACUCCGUGAAAUGUGUUCAGAUUGUCGCAGAGAUUCACAAGGAAUCGUGCGAGGACGACUAUUCAGUAGUCGAUGAAGAGUUGGAGGAAACCGAAAGCAAGAAAAGUAUCGAUCCGGAGGAGUCGUUUGCGGAUGUUCCAAAGCUUCCUAAUGUAGCGGAAAUUGUGCCUCCAAAGAAAGAGCCACUGACAAAGUUCAUUAGUCAGGAUAACUACAUAACGAAGUCGCACAAUGGAACACCAGUAAAAAAUACACCAACAAAGAAGGACGGUGAAUUCCGUGAGCAACUGUCGGAAAUCAUAGCAGAGAUUAAUAAGCAGUCACCGGCGAUCCGGAAUGCCUCCAAGAAACAUGUCCCCGUUAAAGAAAUGGGAUUUCGGAAUGUUAGUAAUAUUCCCACCUUAGGAAUUCCGGCUAAACUAAAAACUGCAGAAAAGAUAAGCUUUUUAAGCAAAUUAAAUUCCGGAUCAACGACGAAUCUGAGUAUGAAUGCGAAGUUGAACGGGUCGCUACCAAGACCGAAUCGAGCCAUGGUGUUCAAAACCAACUCACCGGUUAAGCCAAUAAGUACAAAUUUAAAUUCAUUGGUUCCGACUAGUCCGAAUAAAUCCGGAUCGUUCAUUCCGAAUCUAAAGUCUUCGAACGCGCAAAACAUCCAGAAUGGCAACUCCCCGAAAACGUCCCCGGCCAAAAAAUCACCUGCUCCGCUCAUCAUCGCCGAAGACAGCAAAUUGCCCAUUCAAGCUGAAUUUGAUUGGUACAAUUUGGAUGCUGAGUAUGGGAAACCAAACCAGCCGGACAUAAUCGUAGAGACGGAUCCGGGAAAACCGUCCGAUCAGCCAACCAACGGCCUAGAGGAGAAACCAGUCGAUGACGCUAACUCGACGACCAACGGUCACAGUUCCGAAGCAAGCGGAAGCGAUCUGGAGAAUGUUGAGUACAAUUUGGAUGAGGCCUACAAAACGAUGGCCCCGAUUGUGCCACCACCGGAUAUCAUUCAGAAGAACUCGAUGACGCCCAAGAAUGGGAAAAUUCCCUUCAACAGCAUAUCGUUCAAGGAGCUGAUGACGUUGAACGAGACACCUAAGAUUGAGAAAAGCAAGCCAUCCUCUACGGAGACCACGAAUGGAAACUAUGAACACUUUUUGGAUGAUUCGGGUCUUUGCUCGAAACCGAUUAUACUGCCAAGGAAGAAGAGGGUGUACUAUUCCGGUCCGUUUGUUUAGGGAUCGGAAUUUACCGUGCGGUCGAUUGAGUAUCAUUGUUUCGGAUAGUUAACUAGCUUGCUUAAUUUUCCCAUUAAUUAAUUGGAUUGAAUUGAAAUCAUGCUGACUCUAGGGAAAAAAGCGCAUCCCGUUCAGUUGUCCCGGUCGUUUGUUCAGCGAAUUGGAAAAUAUAACUACCUAAUCUGACAAUAUUUAUACUGAAUUCGAUGGCAAGUGUUUAAAUGUGUGGAAUUAAUUGUAUCGGUAAUAAUUUUCAAUCUAUGAAUAUUUUAUCGCUUUUGAAAAAGUGCAUUUCGAGUUGGAAUUAGAUAGGAUACAAUUGCAUUAUGGAACUAAUAUCGAUCAUCGAUAUUCGGCCAUCCGUGGCUUGGAGCGUUGUUGUCUGUGCUGAAUACGCAAUGCUACUAAUUUGGGUUUAGCAGCACCACAGAAAUUAAAUUUUCAUGAAAUUAAAUAUAUGUUUUCAUAGAUAUUAUCCCCGUGGUGCUCAGAUUCUCCAGAGCUGAAUCUAGUCCCUAAUUAAUUUAACGUCUGGUUUCGAUUUCAAGUUACAUUCCCUUGUCAUAUUUUGCGCUAAAUCUAAAAUGAACGAUAGCUCUUCUUGCUUUUAAUUUCUAUGUACUUGAUUUCAUUUGUUGUGAAAUUUAAUUAAUAAUUUUUUUUCUUUUUUGAGCUUUGUUUACAUCUGCUCAAAGAAAGGUUGCAUUUGUUAGAUGUAACGUGAAAAAUUGAAUUUUUAAUCGCAGUAUAACACUGCGCAGAGUUACAUUUUCCGAUCAUGAGAUUAUUACUGAACAUUACAGUACAAUACUUAUUUGAGAUUGUUCUUGUGUUUCCACAAAUCGCUUUCCUAUGUUUAUGAUCCGAUCUGGAAGCACUCAGAGUCAAUUUUCUGUAACCGAUUUCCUGUAAAGUAACGACAAACUCUAAGCCAUACCGUAAUGCAAAAAGCUAGGACAACUUGAAUAGUUUUUUUAUUUAAAUUGUGUUUCUCUUAAAUCAUGCAACGAAUCAACUUAAUUGCCAACUGGAUAUAGGAUUCUCUUAAUGACAUAAUGAAUUGAAUUAUUAUUAGCUGUAGUGACUAUACUUAAACAACGAAUCGUAGACUAAUUCGAGUAUAUAGAUUAUCUUGUAUAGAUGCCACAUUGUAGGAAUGAUAGGUAAAAUUUGUAGAGAGGAAUGAAAAAUACUGUUCAAUGUAAUAAAUGAUAAAAUGCGAAAUCGAUAUUUA